CACAAGCCAACGAUUUUCCAAGGCAAUAAACGUUCUUCGAAAGCUAUGAAAAGAGGAGAAAAUUUGGAAUCCAUCCCAACUGAUCUCAUUAUGGAGAUUUUCUCGAGAUUGCCGGCAAAGUCAGUCGCUAGGUUUCGUACCCUUUCGAAGCUAUGGGGGUCCAUGCUUUACCGUCCAUAUUUCACCGAGUUGUUCUUGACCAAGUCCUCCACUCGUCCACGUCUCUUAUUUACGGUCGAACGAGGCAAUGAGUGGCUCGUCUUCUCGUCCCCUCAGCCUCAGAAUCGAUAUGAUAAGUCGUCUCAUGUAGUAGCUGCAACUUUUCAUAUGAAGUUCCUCGGAAACAUAAACAGCUAUGUUUGUUCUGGUGGUUUGAUCUAUAUUUCUAAUAUGUGGAUCUCAGAAAAGGUCGUGCAAGUGAUAUGUAACCCUAUCACGGGAAAGUAUGCGAUCUUACCUAACCUGAUCAGAAACUCGACAAUGAGCUUUUUUGGGUUUGAUCCGAUUGACAGCCAAUACAAAGUGUUGAUCAGGAAACAUAUAGCUUAUAAUGAUCACUAUAUUUUGACAUUAGGAACUGGAAAAAUGAGGUGGAGGAAGAUCCAAUGUCCCUUAAUCCAUGGUUUUAGUUGUGAAGGGAUAUGCAUCAAUGGGGUUUUGUAUUACUUAGCUUACAAAUUUGAUAUAACGUCUGAUGAUAAAACUCACUUGCUAGUUUGCUUUGAUGUUAGGUCUGAAAAAGUCAAGUUUGUUGAUGCAAACUGCGUUUUUGAUGAUUGGUCUACUACAUUGAUAAACUAUAAGGGUAAAUUCGGUGUUAUUAAUUGGAAGUAUGAUGAUGCUUAUGCCAUUGAGUUGAGUAUGUGGGUUCUAGAGGAUGAGAAACAUGAAUGGUCAAAAUAUGUCUACACUUUUCCGGAGAUUAAUAAAGCCCAUGAUCUCGACCUUAGACUUGAUGGAGUGACUGCUGCAGGUGAAAUUGUAUUUUCAAGGUGGAAAUCUACAUGUAAACCGUUUUAUGUUUUAUACUACAAUCCCGGAAGGAACACUCUCCAAAACGUUGAAAUCCAAGGUUUUGGAGAUAUUCAUGAAGCGUCUCGGCCUCAUUGCAGUGUUUAUACCACUGUAGAUUAUGUAGAGGAUCUUAGUGUUAACGAUGCAAAACAACUCAAUUCAAGCAUCUAUGCUCCAUCUCUGAAGAACAAGCGUAGCCUAAAUAUCAUUAUGAAAAGGCCAAAACCACAACAUUGGGAAGAAGUAAGAGAAAGGGACAAGGAUAAGAGGUAUGAUGAUGGUGUGAGUAGAGAGAUACACAAAGAGAGAAGAAAUGAAAGAGACAAUAGGGAAGAUGAAGAAAGAAGAAUAAGAAGAAGAAGACGCCGCUAUGAGCGGAGAGAUAGAGACGAUCAUUGGAGUGAUAAACAAUAUAAGAAGAGAAUGGAAAGGUGAAAGCAAUGGGGCAUUUCAUCUAUGCGCUCAUGUCCUUUAGUUGGAUAGACAGAAAUUUUGGAGAGAAUCGUAUGUACCUUCUUAUAAAAAAAUAUUCAGCUCAAUAAUAUCUUCCCCCACGGUAAUGAAUACAAAAAUCAGUUGUAGAGUUUAUAUAGACAGAGAGCUCUGUUUUUGGGCGCCA